AUGCAGAACGUCUACAAGUUGAUGCUUGGUCUAGCGGUUACGUCGGCCGUUGUGAAUGCCGAACAGAGCAUUCGCUACAGUCCGAGCAUCACCACGGAUGGCGAGACGACCAUUCCCAACGAAAACGAGACCAAGACCGAGGCAACCACUUCCCUCAUGGAGGCGCUGAGCAAACACUUCAAGCACUCGAGCGAGAUGCUGCAGAACUACUUCCACAAUGGGGCAGACGCCUCUCCUCGCUUUAACGAAGCGGAUGACGUCGUUCGCAUUGUGGUGAUCGAGCAGGAAGUGGAGGAUCCGGCAGUACAAAGGAAGACGGCGUGCUUAAAGGCAAUGGAGAUAACCCGCAAGAAGGAAGAGCUGGUGAAGCAGACGGAGAGCUUGAUGAGGUACAUUCGUACGGCUUUCGACAUGGUUUCGCUGCGGGUUUGGGGUGGACCGUCGUGCAACGAUCUCGAUCGUCCUGAGCUGGUGGAACAGUGUAACUUCGUGUUGAAGUCAGAAAGUGUAGUACAGCUGUACCUUCUGGAAGGCAAGACGGACGACCAAGUUUGCGACAUUAUGUCUGCCGUCACGGACCUAAAUACCGAAGAAAACUUGUCCUGCCAAUUGUGUCAGAGGUUCAUACAGAUGGUCGACCAAGCUGUUUCUAGAGAAGGUCAGCAAGUGGAGUAUGUCCGAGACAUUAUCGGACACUUGGGCACUGUCAUGUCGACCGACUCCAUGUGCCUCACGUUUUACAACAACUACGAUACCAUUGUGGAGUUGGUAAAGUACGGCACACAGUCGGGCGCGGUUUGCUCGCGGCUUACUAUGUGCUCAAGUUCGGUCGACGUCAAUGGUCUUUGA